CCCUUAACACCUUCUCCACUCACUCACAACAAAACAUUUUCCGUCCAAACUAACGUCCCACUCUCACGCCGUUAACCAUUCUCUCUCAUAUAAAUACAACAACCUCAAAUUCCACCACUCUCUUCUUCUUUGUAAUCUCCCAAAUUUUCCGACACACUCUUUCCUCACACCCCAUAAUCUCCUCAAAAUAUCGUUCAUUUUCUCACUCACUACUUCUUCUUCCUCUCACCUCUUACCUCAAUCACUUUCAAGAAGCGAUUAAAAAAAAAAAAGCGAUUCCAUUUCAUUUCAUCGAGGAAGAAGAGCACUUACUUCAUUCACAUAAGGAAAGAGUGAUUAAGGAAAAAGAUGUUUACAUGCAUAGCUUGUACGAAACAAACAUCAGAUGAGAGGGAUGAAGAUGGUCGAGAGAGUGGCACGCCUAGUACUAAAGAAGCUGUCAAAAGCAUUACCACACAGAUAAAAGAUAUGGCCCUAAAGUUUUCAGGUGCUUACAAGCAAUGCAAACCAUGCACAGGAGGAUCGAGUAGCUACAACAAGAAAGGACACAGACCAUAUCCCGACUUCGACACAAUCUCAGAAGGGGUUCCAUACCCUUAUAUUGGAGGUGCAAGCUCAAGUUCAACCCCUGCAUGGGAUUUCACUACCUCUAACUACCCUGGUGCAAGAUAUGCCGGAGACCGCACCCCUAGAGGACGCGACUCUGCAUCAGUCUGUGAUGUUGUGUUAGAAGAUGAAGAUGAACCUAAGGAAUGGAUGGCACAGGUUGAGCCAGGAGUUCAUAUUACUUUUGUUUCUCUCCCUAAUGGUGGAAAUGAUCUCAAGAGAAUUCGCUUCAGCCGAGAGAUGUUCAAUAAAUGGCAAGCUCAAAAAUGGUGGGGCGAGAAUUAUGACAGAAUCAUGGAGCUUUACAAUGUCCAAAGAUUUAAUCGACAAGCCCUCAACACUCCUCCAAGAUCCGAGGCCGAUGAGCAAAGAGAUUCUACUUACUCAAGAUUGACAUCGGCAAGAGAAAGUCCUAUGGCAUCGGUCAAGGAUUGGACGCCAAGGAGUCACUACAAACCGUCUGGAAUGAUGGAUCAAGGCGGAGGUCACCCCUUUCAAGCAGGAUCAUCAAUGGAACCAUCAAGAGCAACCACUUCAUCUAGAGACGAGCCUUCUAUUAGCAAUGCAAGCGAAAUGGAGUCAGAAUGGGUAGAACAAGAUGAGCCUGGUGUUUACAUUACAAUCAGACAGUUAGCCGAUGGUACUCGGGAGCUUAGACGUGUCAGAUUCAGCCGGGAAAGAUUCGGCGAGGUAAAUGCAAAAACAUGGUGGGAAGAGAACAGAGAAAGAAUACAAGCUCAAUAUCUUUGAACUAUAUUCUCCUAACAAAAAGUGGAUGUCCUAAACUUGUGGAAUCCCCAAUUUUGUUUCAUUGAGACUUUAGAUUAUGGAACAAGUUCGGAUCCUCGGUUGUUACCGAUAUCGUCUCUCCGAUAAAAUCUCAGUCGUUGGAUUAAUCUAACUUUCAGAUCAGAGUGCAGAUUUCCUACCAUUUGACAGUCACAUGACAGUGCAAAUCAGAGAUAUAUUUUGUGGUGACCCCAUUUUUGCCAAAGAUCAGUGGCCAUUGGAUUUAGAAAUCUAAUCUUUAUUACAUAUCCAAUAUUGUUUUAUUCUGUUGUUGUUACAUUAAAUUAUUACAAUUUGUUUAUUUUUUUCCCCCUAAGUGGAACUGUGUUUUGGAUUUAUGUUUGUCUACUACUUUAGACCAAAUUGUUUUGUCCUUUAUUAUUGCGAGAUAUCAUAGUACUCCAAAAGAAAAACAAUAAUUGUCAUUUACCAUGUUUUAUUUUAGGCUCCUAAAACAAAAUCCUUAA